AUGCAAUUAAUUUCUAUAAAAGAAAUGCAUUUAAUAUCGGAGUCCUCGUUACCUAAAAUCUGAAAUCACCGUUUUUUCACUUUAUUACAUUCCAAACCAAUUUUUAUUACAGUUGGAAUUUAGAAAAUUAAAGAAAAAAGAAAAGAAAAAGUAUUUGGAGUGAGAGUCCACUUUGUUGCAUCAGUAUAUUAGACACUGAGAAGCAGCAAAUAAGGUUUUAGAGAUUAGUCUCCAUUUCUCGGUAGCGGCGGUAGAAGAGGUCUCUCUCACUGUAGUUUCCUGCAAAUUUCUUCUUCGAUACAACCAUAAUCCCUAACUUUGUCAUCUUCUAAUACUUUCGGCAAAAUCGUAUCCAUAGAUUUCUAAUCCUCCUUUUAGUCUUCACGGAGUUUACUUCCUUCGAUUUCUGAUACAUAGAUAGAGAGAGAUAGUGGGAGAUAAAUUUACCCUUUUUUCUCUCUAUUUAUAGGCGCAUCUGAUCCGAUUUCCCCCCUUUUUGGUCUUCUUUUUUUGGGAGGAAGGAGAAGAAGAAGAGGAGAGGAAGAAGAGGGAGAGAGGGCUUAUCGUUAAGGUCUGGAGCAGGCGAUUUUAUGUCGGCAAGUUUUGAUUUGGCUGCUGUGUUUGGGGCUCCGUUGUUGAAGCUCUGUUCCUCAUCUUCUUCCUUCUUCUCUGCUCACUGCAUGCGCGAAUCCCUCUGCUGUUUACCUCAGCAGAGCGCUCUCUCUUUCUUCCCAACUGUUUCGAUGCGUUUGAGGCCCAAAAGGACUUGUUCUGGAGUUCAGUGUUUUGGGGGUUAUCACAUAAACCGGUUCAAUCUCUUCCUCUUCCUGAGAGGACCUCUGACUUAACAACUCCUUCAAUUAAAGCCCUCUUUCAUCUUCUCCAAAAACGUUUUGUUUACCUGCCAUUACCGAUUUUGUUUUGUAGAGUCUAAAAUUUUUUGAGGGUGUUCUUGUUGAGGGGUUAGGGUUUUGGUAGGUGUUUAUUAGAAAAAAAAAUGGCAGAGCCUCGGAAAUCAAUUUCUUCGAACCGUGAAACCCUAAUUAGAAAGCCGAGAAUCAAGCCUCCUUCCACCAAACCGAUGCGGCGAGUCCGAAUCGUCUGCAGCGACCCUUACGCCACCGAUUCCUCCGACGACGAGGCGGCGGCGAAGAGGGUCAAACGCAUUGUCCGGGAAGUCUGCUUCCCGAUCGGCGCAGCAGCGCCGAAAACCCCUGAUUCGGAGAGCUGCUCUAUUCAGGAGAGCAGCAGUGGCGGCGGCGAGAGGAAGACUAGGAGCAACAGCUUGAGCUCUGCGUCGGGGAAAUACAGAGGCGUGCGCCAACGGAAGUGGGGGAAGUGGGCUGCGGAGAUCCGCGAUCCGGUGAAGCAGAAGCGGGUGUGGCUGGGUACCUACAACACCGCCGAGGAGGCGUCGCAGGCCUACGAGCUCAAGCGGUUGGAAUUCGAGGCAUUGGCCGGCAAUGCUGACGGCAAGACUGUUUACUCCAUGGUUGUUACCGAGCGGCCUGCACCCCUCGUCUCCGUCUCCGCAUCGGAGGAUUCGAGUACUGGGAGUGUGGUUUCCCAUACGUCUCCUCCAUCCGUCGACUCCUCGAACUCGACGGACUUGGCAGUUGAGGCGGCGGUUAAGUUCGAGGAUGUCGUCCUCGACGACGAGCUGGCCGCAUUGGCGCGAAUCGGGGAGGAGAUCGAGCUGGAAUUCGAGCUCGACUCGCUCAUGAUGGUGGACGACGACGACAUCGUGUUUGGCCUCGAUGAUCUCCCCAUCUGCGGGUUUGACUCGGCUGAUCAGGGCGGGGCAUUGCCGGAUUUCGACUUCGAUUUCAACUGCGCGGAGGCGGUGUCGUGGAUGGACGAGGCAGCGACGGUGCCGUUGAUGGGAGGAGCAGCAGUGGCAGCACCCCUCAAUAUAGCAUGCCCAUAAGUUUUGCAGCUAGUAGUGUUAUAUUAUUAUUACCAAGUUAUUCUAGUAGAGAGGCAUUAAGUUAUUUGAAAAUGAGUUUGUUUUGAGGAUUUUUAGUUUAUGUGGAGAGUUUGAAGUGAGUGAUGAGCCUUUGGGUUUUCUUGUGCUGUUCGAGCCGUCCAAAGGGCUUCGAGCUCGAGUUGUGUUUUUACUACUAUGUUAUACUAUUAUGUUAUGCUUUUUGAUCUAAAAAUUUGAGGUGUAAUGAAACUUGGAUGUGUUGUUAUGA